AUGAAGUUUUUCAAACGAUUACCUGAUGUUUUUUUGAUAAUAGCAGGGCUAAUCAGUUGUUUCGUACUCUAUGGCUGCGGCGCAACUAGCCUUGGCCCACAGGAACCGCUUUUACCAACGGUCGAAGGACAGGCAAACUUUUCUGACCGCUUCCAGUUGGAAGAAGAACCCCAGUUCUUCUAUGACCUGUUUGGUAGAGAACUUCUCGAAGGGAACGAGGUCUAUAAUUACCGCGAGGAGAAGCAAUUUGAUCAAAACGGAGAACUAGUUGUAGGUUGGACCGGUCAGUUGGAUAGCGAACGAUUUUCCGCCCAGUUGGACCGCCAGAUUUUAACCGAAGAUAAUUUCCGUGGCAGAUUUACGCAAUUCGUCAUUGGGGACAAUAUGCGUAUUAAGCCUCAAACGUUAUUCCCUAACCGGUAUAUCAUCUACAAAACGGAAUUUGAUGGUUUCCGAUGGGAUCUCUCGUUCUCUCAAGAACGUCACCUUUUCACGUUGUUGAAUUCUCGUAUUUCUAACCCGGUGCAGUUGUCUGACGCAGCGGCGAACUUAGCACCAACACUGGGUCGUCGCAAUGGCCUCAGUGAUGAUGUGGGUCUUCGCCAUAUUGAGAACGCACGCUUAAUCGGAUUUCGUGCACAAGGAUUGCUCGGUGAUGUAUUCCGCAUAGGUCUCACCUAUGUCAAUCUCCACAAAGAACACCCAGAACGGGUUGAAAAUCCUCUGUUUGGUGGAACGGUUGCCAAUACACCGCCAGAGCGCAUCGUUGUUGUCUUCCGAGAUGAUUCUCCAGAAGAUAACAAUUAUGGCGGGUUAUCACAUGACCUCGAAAGAGAUCACCAAGCAUCACAGAUCCAGGGUGGUGUCGGUGCUGCCGUUAGGGGCAUGAAAGUACACGUUAUCACGCAAGCUCUGUCCGGUUCCCCUGAAGAUGGUCCAGACCGUCCGUUGGGUCCUGAGAGAUCGCAGACGAUCACAGUUUUUAUUGACGAUAUCGUUGCUGUAGAGGGAAGUGCUGGUCCGGUUGAAUCCACUGAUGGACAAUGGAAAAUUGUCGAAGGGUUCGAUAAGAUGCAGUAUAUAUUGGACCUGACUUCUGAAGAGCUCCCAAUGGUCCCAUCGAUCCGCGCACAGUGA